GAUUGAAAUUCCUUAAUGCAGAAAGAUACACUCGCAUGAUCGUUUGACAUUUGGACCGAGAUUUCAGAGCAGAAGAAGAGCUUCUCAGCAAAAUUCGAGAGCUCCCCUCUUUCUCUCUGUUUCUACCCGUAAAACCCAGUAAAAAGUAUAAAUAUAAGUAGAGAAUAUUUGGUGUUUCUUCCACAGUUAGCUCCGUAGAAUCGUAGCAAUCUUAUUGUUUUUUAGCUUUUGUGAUUAUUUGUUUAAAUCCUGCGAGAUCUUGGUUUUUUACCUUUUGACAUAGAGAAAUUGUCGCAAAAGACUACCUUUUUAUAUACAUAUAUAUUUCUUGUGAACCUCUCUUCCUUUUUGAUAUUCAUCUCCAUCCGUGAGUUGUUAGAGACAGAUUUGUGUCAUUUUAUUUUACCCUUUUCGAUUUUAACUUGGAAAAUUGCAUCAUGAUUUGCACCGUCAAGCAAUCUGCUAUGGCACCCAUGAUCAAUGGAUCUGACACGAUUUUUCGCAGACAAAGUCCAUUAACUAUACAGAGAUCUUUGUUUUUGCCGUCACUUACAGUCCAGAAGAACCCAAAACCAGUUCUCUCUGUGUCAAAACCUCUACUGGUCUCCUCGAUCGAGUCUAUUGCUGUAUCAAAACCUCAAAGGAAAUACUUGAUCACAUGCAAAGCCUAUGGGGACCGAUUGCAGCCAAUAAAGGCUGAAGAGACAAAAUCAGAGACAGCGAGGAGGGUCAAGAUUGGGAUUUACUUUGCAACAUGGUGGGCUUUGAAUGUGGUGUUCAACAUAUACAACAAGAAGGUGUUGAAUGCGUUUCCAUUUCCGUGGCUGACCUCUACACUUUCUUUAGCUUGUGGAUCUCUCAUCAUGCUAGUUUCCUGGGCUAUAAGGAUCGCCGAGGCACCUAAAACUGAUUUUGAGUUUUGGAAGACUCUGUUCCCUGUUGCUGUGGCCCAUACAAUUGGGCAUGUAGCUGCAACAGUGAGCAUGUCAAAGGUUGCUGUCUCAUUUACCCAUAUCAUUAAGAGUGGCGAGCCUGCCUUCAGCGUCUUGGUCUCAAGGUUCAUCUUGGGCGACACCUUCCCUGCAGGGGUUUACAUGUCCCUUAUUCCAAUUAUAGGUGGUUGUGCACUUGCUGCUGUUACUGAGCUCAACUUCAACAUGAUUGGUUUUAUGGGAGCGAUGAUCUCCAACUUGGCAUUUGUUUUCCGGAACAUAUUUUCAAAGAAGGGCAUGAAAGGGAAGUCUGUUAGCGGAAUGAACUACUAUGCAUGUCUCUCUAUGUUGUCUCUGUUGAUUCUUACGCCUUUUGCCAUAGUUGUGGAGGGACCGCAGAUGUGGACAGCAGGAUGGCAAACAGCCGUCUCUCAGAUUGGACCGCAUUUUAUUUGGUGGGUGGCGGCACAGAGCGUGUUCUAUCAUCUGUACAACCAGGUGUCAUACAUGUCCUUGGAUGAGAUCUCUCCCUUGACCUUUAGCAUUGGUAACACCAUGAAACGUAUCUCCGUCAUAGUCUCUUCCAUUAUCAUUUUCCACACACCUGUCCGGCCAGUGAAUGCUCUUGGCGCUGCCAUCGCAAUCCUUGGAACCUUCUUGUAUUCCCAGGCAACACAGUGAUGAUGCUUUGGAGAAGGCAAUUAAAGAUUGUUCAUCGUGCAACAUAAAUGAUGAGUUAGGGUUGAUAGUUUGCAGUAUGAAGAGGGGCUGGUUUUGGCUUGGAUGAGCCAGCAGGCAGGCAGGCAUCUUACUUUAGAUAAUAAUAAUAAUAAUUGUGAUUAGGAGCAACAUUUGCUCUUACAAAAUGUUUGUUACUGAGGUUUUUCCUUCAUUUGUGAGGCUGAGGAGAAAAUGUUAAAAUAAAACUUGGAUAAUGUCCAAAUCUUGUCUGUUUCAAAGACGAACAUUAAUAACAUAUGAAGGCAAAGAAAUUUAUUUUCUUGGAUUA